GGAACAAAAUGCAAAGCAAUGCCCCUCCUUCACCCUUCAGUGCUUGCAUCAGUGCUUGCAUCAAAAGUCUCUCCAAUCAAUCCCACUUCCCCCUCCAUCCUCAGUUAAACCGUUUCUUCUGCACUUCCUCCUCUGCCUGCGUCACCUCGUAUCCAUAUUCAUCCCAGCCCAAAUCCAUCGUAUCCAACUUCUCAACCCGCCGAGUCUCACCGAAUCUCAGCUACAGUCCUCCCGUCAACUUGUCCACUCACAAGAUCGAUUCAAUUCAAUCCAACCACCGCCUCACUUCUCUUGCCCCAGUACCUCCAUCUCGGUCUAUUUCAGCCCUCGUCCAGCCCGAUCAGCCUCCACCGUGACCUAAUUCGUGACACCGGUCACCAUCAACAUCUCCCACAACCCUGUCCCAAAACUCUUGGCCUGCUUGUCCCACCAACUGACACCACCCUGCACAAGCUAGCCCACACUUGUCUCCGGAUUGCUGCAUCUCUUCUGGGCAGUCCAGAUAGACACACAUUCACACACAUCCUUUCUCAUACCCUCACGAGCCACCCAUACACACCCAUACACGAGUCACUCCAGUCCUGCCCCAGAACCUGGACCCUGUCUGACACGGCCCUAAUCAGCCCUUUUCAUCUGAAUCUCUUAUCCACUCUCCUGACUAGGUGCUUCAUAUAACUCUCUUCCCUGAUGCCGCCCAAAGUCGAAAAGAUUGAUACUCAGUCGGUUUCUUCUAACAGACCUCCAGUCAAUUAUUCUGACGUGAGCUUCUUUCCGUUCUGCCCGUUCCCCGCCCCGACCCGCCUGGACCUCUUUUCUUCCUUAGACCGACCCAUCUACGCCACACAUACCGCACCGCACCUCACCACACCACGUGCUCUUGCUGACUGAAUUUGUCUUUAUCCUUAGCAGACCCCGACAACUCCUGCCCCCAUGUCUGACGAAGAGAUCAAGGCGUAUAAGGACGUCUUUGCCCUAUUUGACAAAGAUGGAAGUGGUACCAUCACUGCCUCUGAACUCGGUGAGAUCAUGCGCUCUCUGGGUCAAAAUCCUUCCGAUUCGGAGCUGCAAGACAUGAUCAACGAGGUUGAUGCCGAUUCAUCUGGCAGCAUUGACUUUGACGAGUUCAUGAAGAUGAUGUCCACCACUGUCAAGCCGACCGACUUUGCUCACGAAACUCGUGCUGCCUUCAAUGUUUUCGACAAGGAUGGCAGCGGCACUAUCUCUGCCGACGAAUUGCGCCAGGUCAUGAAGUCUCUUGGAGAGAACCUGACAGACGAGGAAAUCGAUGAGAUGAUCCGCGAGGCAGAUAAGGACCGCAAUGGCACCAUUGAUUAUGAGGAAUUCGUUCAGCUCCUCUCCCCGAAAUAGAAAAUCUGCAAACGAAACCCUUUCAAUCUCUGAAGCCGGAUUGUCCUCCUCAGGAAGUAGGAAAUUCAAGUUGUCCAUGUGUGGAUCUGAUGGCAAUGUAUCCUUGGUAAUCGAGCAAUUCAGGAAGGGAAUUCGCACUCUCAGUCUUUGCCGAGUUAAAAGCCUAUGACGUCCACGAAAUGAGAUAAUUUAUUCGACCAAGCCUACGUAGACACAAGCACGACGAACACGACACGAUGACAGUGGACUAGCGGCAGAACGUCCCCUAGAUUCUUGGGUUGGGUGGACCUGUUAAAACCCAGAGCGACGCCUCGAUGUAGCCUUUGUUGAUUAUCAGCAUCAAUAUAUUCAUUUCCUCAUUCUUUCAGGUUGGAUUUAUGUUGAUUGUAUAGUGUAUAUUGACUUGUACAGCUAAUCAGUUGUUU